AUGUAUAUGCAAAAUUAUACAUUGUAUGGAUCAUUAAGACCAUUUGGAUGUAGUUUAUUAAUAGGAGGAGUUGAUCAACAUGGAUAUUCCCUUCAUUACAUUGAACCAUCAGGAACAACAUAUGGAUAUUUUGCUAAUGGAAUUGGUAAAGGAAAACAAAUAUGUAAAAAUGAGUUAGAAAAAAUAAAUUUCUCACAAAUCACAUGUGAAGAGGCAUUAAUUAAACUUGUAGAAAUUAUUGAUUUAUGUCAUAGUGAAUGGAAAGACAAACCAUAUGAGAUUGAAUUAAGUUGGAUCUCGGAAAAGACUAAUAACAUAGUUAAGAAAGUUGAUAAAGAAAUGAAACAAAAAAUUAUUGACCAAGCUCGUAAUAAACAAAUGCAUCAGAACUAA